AUGUCGGCCUCUGCACCCAAGUGGCUGUUGUUCGCAAUCGCCAGUGGAGCCUGCGCUGCUCUGAAUGGUGUCUUUGCCAAACUCACUACCACCCAUCUGACUACAGCAUGGGCUGAGUCGCUAUCCCAUAUCUUCGGCCUGUCCGGACCUAACAAAUUCUUCGAGUUCCUUGUGCGCGGUCUCUUCUUCGUCCUGAAUCUCGUCUUCAACGGCAUCAUGUGGGGACUCUUCACACGCGCCCUUACCUUGGCGACAAGUACGACCAGAGUCAGCGUCAUCAACACGUCCGCCAACUUCAUGAUCACCGCCGUACUGGGCUUCCUCAUCUUCUCCGAAACACUGCCUGGAUUGUGGUUGCUUGGGGCUGCCAUGUUGGUCGCGGGAAGUGUCAUUAUUGGAAGAAGAGAAGAAGGCAAAGAGACGGGCAAUGCAGGAACAGCAGGUGCUGAGCCCACCGUCGUCGCACCGGACAGUCCACAGAGCACACCUUUCGCCGAUGAGCCAGAUGCUCCGUUACAUGGACAUGGACGGGAUGAAGAUUCGGGCUUCAAGGACACACACAGCACACACGAGUUGGAAAACACUGAUAGAGUGUGGUCAAGUUAG